CGCUAUCUUGUUACUGCGCAUGCGCGGGGGAGUUUCCCUCAUGGUAACCGUGAAACCCGUGGCAUUACACGGCCUAUUACUGCGGAGAGCUUUGCGGGGCUCACUUUCCAUCCCUAUGAGCAAAGGACGCAGUUUAAUAAACCUGGCGUGCUUUAGAUAAAUUCUGGCUGUUUUCUACGUGUUUCUCGCAAAGGAUACCGGGACUUGUAGUUUUCAUUCUCAGCGCUCCUCCUUAUUUCCGGGUCAGGGUGGUAAGGUAAGGCCAGUAAUGUAGUGUCAUUCUCACCGUCACCACUAGGUGGCAGGCUGAGCUGUGUAAGGAUUUAAUGAAAGAGGAGUUUGCUAAGUGUUUUGUUUUAAAGGGAAUAAUAUCUGCAGCCAUGGCCUCUCUGGUUGUAUGGUGGUCUGUUUGUCACCUGCUAUCAGUGUGUAGGCUGGCUAGGCUUCCAGUUCCUCCAUGUUUCCUUGCCACAUUUACUUGUAGAUACUGAUGGCAUGUUCAGGAAGAGAGCCCUCUUAUAGUAUGCUGCAUUCUAUUGCUGCAGAAGAAAUAUUAAUUAAAUUAACACUCCGAGCACUAUAACCACUACAGUCCUUUGAGUGCUCUAGCGCCGUCAUAGUGCAAUUUGCCACACUGUUUCCAGGCCCUCGAGAGUGCCCUGUAUCCGGGAACUGGGGUCAGCACAGAUAGCGUAUGAUUAUACGCGCUUGAACUGUGAGUGGGCAGUAGGACCCUGGAGUCCAUGGGCCAGCUUGACCAUUAUGGGCAUCACCAGUGUUGCGAGUUGCAUUACUGCUGAUAACCCCGCAUAGUGCACACCAACAUGUCCCCAUAUCAUACCUUUACCAACAUCAAGGUGGCCACCCCCCUUGCUUUCCGGUCAUAAAAUAAAUUAAUAUAAUGUGGUAGAGUAUGCUUUUUUUUUUUUUUUUUUUUUACAAAAAAAUUCCACUUUUUUAAAUUAACCUUUUCACAAACCUUUGGCUGUCAAUCAGAUAACCCGUUAUGUUACUUCCUGGUUUGGAUAGCUCAGUGGAGCUAAACUCAAGAGGAAGCAAUUGCACGGAGCAUCAGUCUUGCAAAGACUUGAUUAGAAUGUCUGUGAUUGGACAGCCACAGAAUGUCUGGGCUUGCAAAGGAAGAAGACAAGAGAAAUACUGCUUUUGCAAACUGUUUUUAGAUAUUCCCCCAAUGAGAAAUUAAAUGCAUGCAAGUUUUCAUUUGGGGUAUAUCUACUAACUGAUUUGUAUUUAUUUUGUAUUUGGGCAGUGGAGAGUCCCUUUAAGACACCUGUCUGUGUAGCUUGUAGACCUCUAGGCUUUAAUAGUGACAUGUUUGCCUUUUUUUUUUUUUUUUUUUUAUCAAAUUAUUUAUUUUUCUUUAGGCUGAAUAUAGAAUGCAUCACAGAGCUUCUCUUUCAGUCUGCCCUGCGCUGUGGCGUUCUAUACCAUGCCAAAAGGCUGAGCUGCGACUGGAAUUUACUCUCUCAUGUGGACAGUCAUUUCGGUUAGUAGUAUUUAAUUUUUGACGUUGGGAAAAUUAAUUUAACUUGAAUGUAUGAUGCCUGAUAUCACAGGUAAUAAAGGAGCCCUUGCACCAGGACCCUCUCAAUGUUAGUUCUGCUACUGGCAUAUAAAGUUAGUAUUUACGUAUUUGUAGUAGUGUGUAGAUGUCUUAGUGCAUGUAUGUCAGUUAUGUAUGAGCAGCAGUGUGUGUUUGUAACCAUACGGGUAGCAGCAUGUAUGUGUGUAACAGUCUGGAUAGUAGCAGUGUGUGCCUGUAAUGUAUAAAUUACCCAUUGUAUCUUAAUCCUUUUCCUUCUCCUGCCACUAGCCAGUCAUCUCCCCUCUGCUUCCAGGAGGUCACUGUGCUCAGUUUGAGGGCGCAGUGCCAAGAGCAGAUCAGGCUCCCUCAGACUGUAUACAGCGAUCCCAGGAUCCAGCAGAGAGCAGGCCAGGAGAUAGGGAGGGAAGGGAUCUUUAAGAGGCAGAGCAGGCAACCCCCUCAGACAUGCACCUGUAGGCUGGUGUCUACUCUGCCUAACGGGAAAUCCUGCCCGGACCAUGAUCCUCUGCCUGCAACAAUGUAAAAUAUAUAUGGCCAGUUAAGCAGGGAAUAAAGCAGUUUUAUAGCCAUUUACUAAACUGGGUAUUGUGAAGAAUUGACAAGUGAAAUGCAACUUUUAGGGCACACAGUCAAGCUGAAAAAACUUGGGAUAAAAAACAAACAAACAAAAAACAUCGCAAUUUGGCUAUUUUGACCUAAAAUUUGUAAUACUCCCGUCAGUUCUGUGCAACCCCAGUUUAAUAAUUAAAGCAAAUCUGUCACCUUCAAGGGUCUUUUAGCUGAUGGGAUAUCCUGUACUUAUUUGAAGCUCUCACUCGCAAGUACUGCUGUCUAACGUCUUCAGCUCCUGGAACUUCAUUUGCCACAUCACCGCUUUUAUGAAUGCGCAACAGUACAACCCUGAGGUCUAUGGGCGAUCCCUUAGAUCAAUUCUCAUGACAGGCGCUGAUGUUUUUCUAUGCAUGUGCAAGAGUACAGCACAAACGUCUAUAGGGGAUCCCAUAAGGCCGCAGGAUCGUCCUUCCCCUUUUUGUUAAGUUUUGUCAGUUUUACGCUGGAAUAUAAAUUAAGUGGUUCCUGUUUUGUCUCUAUUAAGAAAAGUAGUCCCUAUUAUAUGUUUAGUUUUACUGGAAUUUCAAUGGCUAUCUGACACAGUCAAUAUGAGUGUUUAAUAAUUAUUGUACUUUUAUGACAUUGUCAAACGAUAUAGCCAUGACUCCUUCUUUAACCGCAUGUGAUGGCACUUCUACAUGUUUGUUUAUUAUAUAUUUGAAGAUUAGCAGGGGGAGGAUGUAGCUUACUGUAAGUGAAAGAUGCUUGCUCUCCAUAUACAAAAAUUGGAUUACUGACUGUAAUGUCACAUCUGGUUUUGAUAUACUUUAGUUCAAUUGCAUUGAUCUUAGAUGAAAUCAUAGUAAUUGGCUCUGAAUAUUGACACACGCACAGAAAAAUUGAUUGUACUUAGUUGUAAAUAAACACAAGAUCAUCCUUUGUAAUUGAAUCCUCAGGUGGAAAGAAUGGAGUCCUGGGUUCUGGACUGGAGUAUUACAUGGGCGCAUUUGGACUCUCACCCAGACUGAGGAACAUAUCUGGUACACUAUGUAUACUAAGGAAUGCUGUCCUGGGGAAGAUGCAGAUGCAUCGAGUGCAACAGCAGCGUUGAAAAAAAGACAGAAAUGCACAAAGAAAAUCGUGCCCUGCCCACCUCCCAAAAUUCUAAAAACAGAACAUGUUAAAGAAGAAAAGGAGAUUGUGGAAGAUUUUGAUCAAUUUGUUGGUGGCAACGACUGCAAGAAAGACGAGGAGUUGCUUCGAGAUUACUUCCAGUUGGAUGUGAGCUUGAAGGAGCUUUAUCUGCUGUGGGGCAAAUCAGACCCAAACUUUGCAAAAGUAGCACAGGACUUCCCAGGUAAUGAAAUCUAACUUAAAUACACUCUGGGCAAGUAGCACUGUAUCAUAGGAUAGGAUCACUGCAGUAUGUAUGGAAAUCCUUGCUACCUUGCUGAUGGUGGCAAUAGCCCAGUGGGUCACCUGGCUGUGGCCUGAGCCCAGUGAGGCCCAUACAGCAAAGAUUGCAUUUUCCCCAAAGGGAAAAAGCAUGACUUCAAUCAUUGAAUAUAAGUGGAGGGGAGUGCCUUUAUUGCACUAAGCACAUAUACAUAGCCCUCUACCUGUUGUUCCCCCUUUUUCUUUGCUGCGGUGGAGCUUCUACAGUGAGUUUUUCAAAGAUUAUUAAGCAGCACAGGCACUUGUGAUUUGCCCACAUCGGGGUCAGAUCAAGAUUCUCUACUAAACAGUGAGUGACUCAACAGCUUAGUAGUGAAAUUGGAUUUAGGACGCACAAGCCCCAGGUAGUAUAAACACCAUUGUCUACAGUGUUCCUUUAAGCAAAAGACCGGUCUAUUGGUAUGGUUAAUUGAAUAAAACAAUUUCCAAUCACAAGUUGGACUGAUCUCCGACUGAUCUCCUCAGCAUAGUGAUUGGUUACAAGACAAAUAUGUGGACCAAUUUUAAGGAGACAUAAGGUAUUCCACUCAAAUAAACAAAAAUAGAAAUUUACCUAUACCAUUUCAGUUGGUAGACAUGGAAACCUCCCUCCAGAUUCAGGGAUCCAUUACUACAAUGUUGUGGACAUCCAAGAGGUUUAGAUCAGAACAACCAUACUCCUACCCUACCACAGCAUGGGCAGUAAAAACCUGGGACCCACUCUUACGAAAACUGGGUUAACAAAACUUUUCACACCACUAGCUCCAAUAGGUACUCCACAUGCAGUAAGUCUAGACCCAUGAACAGAUCCUUGGAUGUCAAGAGAGAUCACAAACCACUAGGGAUGUGCAUGGACAAAAGCAUAGGUUCGGCACUUCCGAAAUUCGGGAUUUUGGCUCUUCGGUUCAGUUCGGCAAUUUGGGACUUCGGCAAUUCCCUAAGCCUAAGGGGUAGGGUUAGGGUUGGGGGUAGGGUUAGAUUCCUGUCAUUAUUCCCGUAAUUUUCCCUCACUCACUUGUUUUGCCACUUUUCAGAAAUCCAAAGCACUUCGGCACUUCCCAAAAUUCGGCACUUCGGCAAUUCAGUUCGGCACUUCUAAAAUUCGGUUUGGUUCAGCACUUCCGAAAUUCUGCACUUCAGCAAUUUGGACAUUUGGAAGCAUCCGAAUGUCUGAAUUGCUGAAAAUGAAUUCCACAUGUCUACCAACCACUUUCAUUUGUUUAACAAUGGUAAUAUGGUUCCGUUCCAGACAAUGCAGGUUGAAUUUUCAGUAAUGCCCCAAUAUAUCUUUACUUGCAGUUUAAGGGGCUGGUUUUAAAAUAUAUUGACUGGCAUAAGCAUUUACGGGCCUCCCCUGGUUGCAAAAAAUAUUUGAACGGUGCUGGUAAAGCGCUACAAAACCUAAAAAUAUAUAAUUUUAUAAUAAUCUCUUAUGGGACACAGAAGAUGUUAAAAGAGGCUUCAUGCAACAAUGGGAGAGGAAUUGUGGGGUGUUUUAAAUACUGUUGAUGAGUGGAUCAGACUUCUUAACUGUCUAAAAGGAAUCACAUGGUGCAGCAACCAUAUAGAGGCACACUAAAAAUUCAGAUUUCUCUGGUACUGGACACCUGGCAGACUACAUAGGAUAUACAAUUCAACUAACUAUCUUUGUUGGCAUUGUCAAGCACACACAGGAACACCAGUUUACAUUUGGUGUGCCUACCCUUGUAUCCAGCCUUUUUGGACGUGGUCCAGAACCAAAUUAAUUCCCUUUGCCGAAUAUCUCUGGUACUAGAUGUCAAGAUUUUUAUCUUCCCCCUCUUAUCUCACGUUCACAAAAAGGGGACUAUGUUGUGCUCGCUACGAAACAUCUCAUAGCUUCAAAAUGGAAAAGCCACAAAAUUCCUACUAUUUAAGAAUAAGCUAUUAAAUAAUAGCUAUAUUGAAAAUGAACUGCAUUUAUAAGGUCAUGGCUGCUUUUAAUGGACCCCUGGCAGGAACAACACAUCAAAUAAACAUACCAUUGCUCGCUAAUCUGUGUUCCUCUUCCCAAAUUCACACAUGAAAUUCAUUCACCAAUUCUAACUAGACAAUGCUGAUAUAAAUUCACAGUGUCUGCUCCACUCACUAACAGGCCCGGAAUGUUAAAAGUUUAUUCAUUCUGAUAUUUCAUUUUCUGAUGUCACUACAUCCUGCUUUCUUUUGGUCUACUAUGUGAAUCCUUCCAUGCACUAGGUGUUUGUUUAAUUUGUAUGGUUUUUUUUGUCCAAACGUCAUGAAGUUGUUGGGAGUAUUUCAGAGUUUCAUUCAUUAUAUAACUUUAAACCAAUCCUCAGAGUCUACCAAUAGGCCACUAUUUCAUGAUACUUGAACACAGGUGGGAUAAUAAACUACUUAUUUGUUUGUUUGAGACAUUUGUGCACUGCUAAGCACCCAUUUAUUAAGGCCAUUUCCUUUAAUACUGUUUUCUGCAAUGUAGAGCUGAUGAGACUCUCUUACUGCUAGGUAUUCGUGUGCUGCGGCAGGACCCCACUGAAUGUCUCUUUUCAUUCAUCUGCACAUCUAACAACCACAUCUCUCGCAUCACUGGCAUGAUUGACAGAGUCUGCAGCUCCCUGGGCAAACACUUAGGACAGCUGGACUCGGAGAUCUACUGUGCAUUCCCCACUCUGCAGGCUCUGGCAGGCAAGUAGAAUAAAAGAUCUGUUUAUGUUGACUAGAGAACAUAGGAGUUCCCAUCUCCAAUAACGCAGCUAGAGGGUCAUAGCUGGGCAUCCUAGCUCUAGCAGCUUUUUUUUUUGUAAACCCACAUUUAUGGCAUUGAAUAAUGUCGGUAUCUUUUUAUUUUCUCCACACCUCUCAUGCUUCUCCUCCACACCUUACAUCGUCAAAGAAUGUGUAAUCUAUGAGCAAUAGACAACAAACUCAAAUGCACUAAUAAUUCUUAUUCAUGCCCAAGUGUUUCUAUAGACAAAGGAGGAAUUAGAAAUUACUACUUAUAUGGCUGAGGAAAACUGACUUAUAGAGGGAGUUUUCUAUUUUUUUUUUGUGUGCAGGUCUCUUCAUAACCUAUGCAAGAGCAGAGGCGGCUCUCUAAUUAGGCGAGUUAGGCGGCCGCCUAAGGCCUCGCGGCCGCCUAAAUCGCUUUAGGGCAGACAUACAUGUCGGGUCCUCGGUCCAGGACCAAGGACCCGACAUCAGGGGGGACCCGGCGGCUUGCCCUUUAUGCCGCCGGGUGUGAGGCCCCCUCAGUCCGCCCGGAUAGCCAGCCUUCAGUCUGCAGCUCCUCCGGGUGUGAGCUGCAGACUGAAGUGUCUUGCUAUCCCCAGCCAAUCCCGCAGCAACGCUCUGACUUCUGGGGAUCGCAAGACUCCUAUCACGUGGUCUGCAGCUCACACCCGGCAGAGCUGCAGACCGGAUAGGAGGCCCACCGGACCACCAGGGAGCAAGGACACUGGACACUGGGUAUUAAUUACCCCUUCCUCACUGACACUUGUCACCCCCUUACUAAGUCCCCUGUCACCCCCUAACUAAGCCGCCUGUUACCCCCUAACUAAGCCGCCUGUCACCCCCUAACUAAGCCCACUGUCAUCCUCUCACUAAGCCCCCUGACACCCCCUCCCUCCCUGACUCUGCCCUCUGUCACCCCCUCACUCUGCCCCCUGUGAGCCCCUCCCUCACUGACACCUGUCACCCCCUCACUCUUGCCCUUGUCACCCCCUCACUCUGCCACCUGUCACCCCCCUUUUCCCUAAUUCUGAAACCUGUCACUCUGUCCCUUGCCACCACCUCACUGAGCCCCCUGUCACCCACUCCUUCCCUAAAUCUAAGAUCCCUGUCACUCCCUCCUUCCCUCAGUCUGUCCCCUGUCACCCCUACCUUCCCUCACUCUGUCACCCCAUCGCAAAGCCCCCUGUCACCCUCUCCUACCCUCACUCUGACCCCUGUCACUCUCUCCCUCUCUGACACUGCCACCUGUCAACCCCUCCCUCAGCCACCUGCCCACCCUUCACUCUGCCACCCCCUAACUCUGUCACCCCAUCCCUCCCUCAGCGACCUGUCACCCCCUUUCACACUCUGUUAAUCCCUUCCACAAUCUGUCACCCCCUUCCACACUCUGUCAGCCCCCUCCACUCUCUUUCACGUCAUUUCACACUCUGUCAUCCCCUCCACUCACACACACAGUCUCCCCUUUCGACACCCUGUCACCUCCCUCCACACACCCUGUCACCAUUCCCCACACACACACUGUCACCACACUCCCACACACACUAUCACCCCUUUAACCCGGCCACAAUCACUUUAACCCCUCCUGAUCCUGUCACACUCACCCCCUCCACUCAAACCAAACUCACCUCCCCUCACUCUGCCACACUCACCUUUUCUCUCACUGUCACACUCACCACUCCUCUUCCUGUCACACUCCCUCCUCCAACCCUGCCACACUCACCCUGUUGCAUAAACACAUCUAAUCCUCUCACACACCCCCAUUACUCUGCCACUCACCCUGUGAAUUAACCCCCUUAAUCCUGUCACAUUCACCUUCCCUUGCCCUGUUAGACUCACUCCAAUAAUGCCAUAUACACCCCAACCCUGUGAUACUCACCUCCCCAACCAAGCCACAUUCACCCUGUCACAUAAACAAUUUAAUCUUGUCACACUUACCUCCCCUCACCCUGUAACACACCUUCCUCCAACCAUGUCACAGUUGCCCUCCCUCAUUUUCACACUCACCCCCAACCCUAUCUCAUUCACCCCCUCAUUCUGUCAAACUCACCUUGCCACAGUUUUCCCUUUUCACCCUGUCACAGUCACCCUUAAAGACAAUCGUCAUACACAAAGUUAUAAAACAUAGCUUCACCAUAGACAAAAUGCACAAAGGCCACAGUCCAUAUACAAAAAAUACCGCAAGCAGCUACCACACACACACACAUACGGUCCCAGACACAAACAUACACAUGCUCACAGAAACAUACAUUCACAUACAAGGGUACUCACUGUCAGACGCACUCUCAGGCACAUACACAGCCAGAUAAACACAUUGUGACUGUAUGUCUGUAUUAGUCAAUAUAUGUGUCUCUGUGCAUCAGUGUGUUUGUGUGUGUAAAUGCAUGUGCAUGUAUCAGUGUGUAUAUGUAUUUGUGUAUUAGUGUUUAAAUGUGUGCGUGUGUCUGCAGUGUGGUUGUGGUAUGAUAUGGGCAAUGCAAAGAUAAAGUUGCAAGCAACAUAUAUAUGCAUACAUACAUAUACAAUACAUAGGGAAAAACAUAUAUGAUAAUAUACAUGUUAAGGAAUUUAGAAUAUGUGGGGAAAUGUCUAUGACAUUGUAUUCUUAUCUGUAACUUUAUUAUUUAGAAAAUGGGUUUUUUAAAAGCCAAACCAAAAAUGUAAAUUUUUCAAAUAACCCCUUCACAUUGGCACUUAUGUGUACACGACUGCCAGGCUAUACAACCAUACCCAGCAAUCGUAUAUAAAUGAUUAGCAAUUUAUGCCAUAUCUACAGUCAAAGUGCCCACAACGCAGCGGCAUAGGGAGCUGCAGCAAUUUUUUUCACUAAUGGUGUAAGUGGGGGGCCUCAUGUUUGACUUUCGCCUUAGGCCUUGCAAAGUCUAGAGCCGGCUCUGUGCAAGAGUAUCUUCUUCAUCUUUCUCUAUGAGAGGUGUGAGGUUUUGAGGUAGGAUGGUGUAGAUCAGAAUUAGUGUGUACCAGGAAUAAGCUUGUCACUGGAAUGAAUGAGACAUUACAGGGCAGCAUAACAGCUAACAAUGGAUUUACAAUACAUAUAGAGUUUGAAACUUAGCAGUGCCCUGAUGUCUUUAAGAUAAUCCUAAAUCCUUUUUGUUUGGUUUGUGGGGACCAAUGUAAAAACCACUAGUCUACAGUACAGUUCCUGCUGUGUUAACUAUCACUGUUUUUUGUUUGUGUAUACUAGAGAGUGACACUGAGGCCAAGUUAAGAGAUCUCGGCUUUGGUUACAGAGCAAAGUUUGUCAGUGAGAGUGCACAAACUAUCCUGUCCAAGUAUGGCCCAGAUUGGUUGGAAAGGUUGCGUAUCCUACCCUAUGAGGAAGCAAAGUCAGCACUAUGCACCCUGCCAGGGGUGGGAGCCAAAGUGAGUACAGAUUGCUAUAUAUUGAUCUAAUCACCAAUUAAAAUAGUUAUUUAUACACAAAUGUUUUGUGAUGUGAAGAUUCCUUGCCUGAAAGAACCUAUACACAUUGUUUAUUGCAAGAUAUAAAGAUUUUUUAACACUUUAAAAACCGAGAUAUGAAAGAUGCUCAUUUUCUGUUGACUGCAGAUUGAUAUUAUUGGCUACAUCAUUAACUGUGUACAUCAAGCAUGUCAAACUUAAAGAUUAGCACGGGCAAAAUAAACAAGGUUUAAGUUUAUGUGAGCCGCAAAAAAACACAAAAACUUAAAUUUUCAUAGAAACGUAGGUUUAGUUUGAAUAGUACAGUAUAAAAAAAACCCGCAUCCCCCUCUUCUAAACCGCAGCUCCCUCAUCUACUAAGCCCCAGCCCUCCCUCUAUACUAAAUCCCAGCCCCCCCUCUCUGUUUAAAAAAAACCCCAAUAUUAGCCAACAAGCAGACUCCACUCACAUUGCCGCUGCCAAAAUGUGACUCUAUAGUCCAGCCUCUGGUAUAUCCCCAAUGGCGCCGUCCAAACCCUGUGCCAAAGCAGAUUCCCCCAUAGAGAAGCAUACUCAUAGAGAAGCAUAACAGGGCUAGUGCGCAUGUGCAUCAAUCGCUGACCUGCGCCAAUCAGCAUCCUAUGAUAUUGAUGCAUUGGCUCAGUGCAUCUCUUUUGGUAGUUUUCGGCAUCUUCAUUAAGAACGUGAGGCUGCCGAUCAUCAGCCCUAAAAAGAUUGCAGGACUGAUCCAGUAAGCACUUCUAGUGGAUGUCUGAGUGACAGCCACUAGAGGGGACCUUAGAGCACAAUAAGAACACUAUUUUUUCCUAAAAGGCAGUGUCUGCAUAGAAACAUAGAAACAUAGAAUGUGACGGCAGAUAAGAACCAUUCGGCCCAUCUAGUCUGCCCAAUUUUCUAAAAACUUUCAUUAGUCCCUAGCCUUAUCUUAUGGUUAGGAUAGCCUUAUGCCUAUCCCACGCAUGCUUAAACUCCUUUACUGUGUUAACCUCUACCACUUCAGCUGGAAGGCUAUUCCAUUCAUCCACUACCCUCUCAGUAAAGUAAUAUUUCCUGAUAUUAUUUUUAAACCUUUGUCCCUCUAAUUUAAGACUAUGUCCUCUUGUUGUGGUAGUUUUUUCUUCUUUUAAAUAUAGUCUCCUCCUUUACUGUGUUGAUUCCCUUUAUAUAUUUAAAUGUUUCUAUCAUAUCCCCCCUGUCUCGUCUUUCCUCCAAGCUAUACAUGUUAAGAUCCUUUAACCUUUCCUGGUAAGUUUUAUCCCGCAAUCCAUGAACCAGUUUUUAGUAGCCCUUCUCUGAACCCUCUCUAAGGUAUCAAUAUCCUUCUGAAGAUACGGUCUCCAGUACUGUGUACAAUACUCCAAGUGAGGUCUCACCAGUGUUCUGUACAAUGGCAUGAGCACUUCCCUCUUUCUACUGCUAAUACCUCUCCUAUACAACCAAGCAUUCUGCUAGUAUUUCCUGCUGCUCUAUUACAUUGUCUGCCUACCUUUAAGUCAUCAGAAAUAAUCACCCCUAAAUCCCUUUCCUCAUAUGUUGAGGUUAGAACUCUAUCAAAUAUUCUGUACUCUGCCCUUGGGUUUUUACAUCCAAGAUGCAUUAUCUUGCACUUAUCCACAUUAAAUGUCAGUUGCCACAAUUCUGACCAUUUUUUCUAGUUUACCUAAAUCAUUUGCCAUUUGGCUUAUCCCUCCUGGAACAUCAACCCUGUUACAUAUCUUAGUAUCAUCAGCAAAAAGGCAUACCUUACCAUCAAGACCUUCUGCAAUAUCACUAAUAAAAAUAUUAAAGAGAAUGGGUCCAAGUACAGAUCCCUGAGGUACCCCACUGGUGACAAGUCCAAGCUUCGAAUAUAUUCCAUUAACUACAGCCCUCUGUUGCCUGUCACUCAGCCACUGCCUUACCCAUUCAACAAUAUUGGAAUCCAAACUUAAAGAUUGCAGUUUAUUGAUAAACCUUCUAUGUGCAACAGUGUCAAAAGCCUUACUGAAAUCUAGGUAAGCAAUGUCUACUGCACCACCCUGAUCUAUAAUUUUAGUUACCCAAUCAAAAAAUCAAUAAGAUUAGUUUGGCAUGAUCUCCCUGAAGUAAAUCCAUGUUGUCUCUGAUCUUGAAAUCCAUGUGUUUUUAGAUGCUCAUCAAUCCUAUCCUUUAACAUGGUUUCCAUCACUUUCCCCACUACUGAAGUAAGGCUUACUGGCCUAUAGUUGCCCGACUCCUCCCUAUUACCUUUCUUGUAAAUGGGCACAACAUUCGCUAACUUCCAAUCUUCUGGGACUACUACUGUUAACAAUGAUUGGUUAAAUAAAUCUGGUAAUGGUUUUGCUAGUACACCACUAAGCUCUUUUAAUAGCUUUGGGUGUAUUCCAUCAGGUCCCAUUGACUUAUUUGUCUUUACUUUUGACAGUUGAGAUAGAACCUCUUCCUCUGUAAACUCACGUGUAAUAAAUGACUCAUUUAUCCUUUUUCUCAACUGAGGUCCCUUUCCUGCAUUUUCUUCUGUAAAUACAGAACGAAAAUAUUCAUUGAGGCAGUCAGCCUGACCUUUAUCCUCUUCUACAUACCUUCCUUCUUUUGUUUUUAAUCUAACUAAUCCUUGUUUUACUUUUCUUUUCUCAUUUAUGUAUCUAAAAAAUGUUUUAUCCCCCUUUUUUUACUGUCUGUGCUAUUUUCUCUUCUGUGUGUGAUUUGGAAGCUCUUAUAACUUGCUUAGCCUCUUUCUGCCUAAUCUUAUAGAUCAUUUUGUCUCCCUCACUCUGGGUUUUUUUAUAAUUCCUAAAUGCUAACUUUUUGUUUUUAACUAUUUUGGCCACAUCUGCGGAGUACCACAGUGGUUUCUUGAAUUUUUUGCUUUUACUGGGUACAUCACUGAGACUGUGAGGAUAAUCUCUUCGCACCACAACCACUAUAUUAAGCUGUAGGGAUUGUUGUGCUUAGUGUCCCUUUAAAUAUUGUCCACUACACUGUAAAAAUAGUGUCCACCACAUCAGCAGCCUUUCUGCAUAUUGUUGCUGACUACCUUGGAUCCUAAGUGGUAAAGUCAUUGUAUCUAUAAUUAGAGGUUGCCAAAGAAAGGUUAAACAAAACAAAGGUCUUUGGAUGCUCUAUCUGAAGUUUAUAUAUUGCAUAGCUAGUUUUAUAUACUUUUAUCAGAUAUUGGUGCAACUCAAACAUGUAUAGCCAUCUUUGGUUAAGGAAGAGAAGGAUGAUGAAAUGUGCCCAAUUGGCAUACAUAUCUGUUCUUCUAUCUACCACAUAUCUGCUAUUUAGCAUGUAAACAGAACUAGCCCCGUUUCGAAUCACAUCUCUGCAGUCACCUCUAAUAACUAGAGGCAAGGACCGUCUGUCAAACCUUGGUUCCCAGAAAGUUUUGUCCGGUCAUGAAUGCUAAAGAAUAACUAUGAAUGCAGAGUUGGCCCGCAUAAUGGCUGCCUUUAUGGCCAAGCCUAUAAUUAUCGAGGCUACAUUUUUCUAUAUACACUGCUCAAAAAAAUAAAGGCAACACUUAAACACAAUGUAACUCCAAGUCAAUCACACUUCUGUGAAAUCAAACUGUCCACUUAGGAAGCAACACUGAGUGACAAUCAAUUUCACAUGCUGUUGUGCAAAUGGGAUAGACAACAGGUGGAAAUUAUAUAGGCAAUUAGCAAGACACCUCCAAUAAAGGAGUGGUUCUGCAGGUGGUGACCACAGACCACUUCUCAGUUCCUAUGCUUCAUGGCUGAUGUUUUGGUCACUAUUGAAUGCUGGCGGUGCUUUCACUCUAGUGGUAGCAUGAGACAGAGUCUACAACCUACACAUGUGGCUCAGGUAGUGCAACUCAUCCAGGAUGGCACAUCAAUGCGAGCUGUGGCAAGAAGGUUUGCUGUGUCUGUCAGCGUAGUGUCCAGAGCAUGGAGGCGCUACCAGGAGACAGGCCAGUACAUCAGGAGACGUGGAGGAGGCCGUAGGAGGGCAACAACCCAGCAGCAGGACCACUACCUCCACCUUUGUGCAAGAUGGAACAGGAGGAGCACUGCCAGAGCCCUGCAAAAUGACCUCCAGUAGGCCACAAAUGUGCAUGUGUCUGCUCAAACGGUCAGAAACCGACUCCAUGAGGGUGGUAUGAGGGCCCAACACCGUGCAGGACGUUUGGCAUUUUCCAGAGAACACCAAGAUUGGCAAAUUCGCCACUGGCGCCCUGUGCUCUUCACAGAUGAAAGCAGGUUCACACUGAGCACAUGUGACAGACGUGGCAGAGUCUGGAGACGCCGUGGAGAACGUUCUGCUGCCUGCAGCAUCCUCCACCAUGACCGGUUUGGCAGUGGGUCAGUAAUGAUGUGGGGUGGCAUUUCUUUGGGGGGCUGCACAGCCCUCCAUGUGCUCGCCAGAGGUAGCCUGACUGCCAUUAGGUACCGAGAUGAGAUCCUCAGACCCCUUGUGAGACCAUAUGCUGGUGCGGUUGGACCUGGGUUCCUCCUAAUGCAAGACAAUGCUAGAGCUCAUGUGGCGGGAGUGUGUCAGCAGUUCCUGCAAGACGAAGGCAUUGAGGCUAUGGACUGGCCCGCCCGUUCCCCAGACCUGAAUCCAAUUGAGCACAUCUGGGACAUCAUGUCUCGCUCCAUCCACCAACGCCACGUUGCAGCACAGACUGUCCAGGAGUUGGCAGAUGCUUUAGUCCAGGUCUGGGAGGAGAUCCCUCAGGAGACCAUCUGCCACCUCAUCAGGAGCAUGCACAGGCGUUGUAGGGAGGUCAUACAGGCACGUGGAGGCCACACACACUACUGAGUCUCAUUUUGACUUGUUUUAAGGACAUUACAUCAAAGUUGGAUCAGCCUGUAGUGUGUUUUUCCUCUUUAAUUUUGAGUGUGACUCAGUGGUGUACUGCAGGGGGGGGGUUAGGGGGGGGUGUGACUGUCGGCCUGUGAUUGUCUGUGUGACUCUGUGUGUGUGUGUGUGUGUGACUGUCUGCCUGUGUGUGUGUGACUGUCUGCCUGUGAUUGAUUGUGUGUGACUGUGUUGUGUGUAUGUGUGACUGUCUGCCUGUGAUUGUGUGUGUGACUGUCUGUGAAUCUGUGUGUAUGUGUGACUGCCUGUGUGAUUGCCUGCGUGUUUGACUGUCUGCCUGUAACUGUGUGUGAGUGACUGUGUGUGGGACUGUGUGCAUCUGACUGUGUCUGACCGUCUUCGCCCUGCAGUGAGCCAGCAGCCAGGAUAUGAUGUCAUUGCGGCCUCUGCGUCAUUACAGGGCGUGCGAUGGACCUGUGCAGGAAGAGCACAGUGAUCCCAGCAGCAACCACUCCAGCCCUUCUAGAGCAAGGUAGGGAGGCUGGGUGGACCUCUUAAUUAUUAAAUGUGUGUAUGUAUGUAAUGUUUGUGUGUGUAUGUAUGUGAUUGUGUGUCUGUGAUUGUAUGUGUGUGGGUCAGUGAUUGUGUUUCUGUAUAUCUGUGAUUAUGUGUGUGAUUGUGUGUGUCUCUGUGUAUGUGUUUAGUAGAUAGCUCCCUUAUUUGGUGUCCUUAAAUAUGGCAAUCCCACAAAGGAUAGCAAAUAGAGGAGUUAUCUGCUAAACAAAGAAGAAAUUUAAGAGGUGUCAGCCAGCCCACAACAAGACAUCUGGGUGGCUAAUGUGAAUUAUAUGCAAAUGUGUAGUCAGAUGCCAGCAUGCUGAACACAGUAUGCUGACAUCAGACAGCCAAUGGCAGCAUAUUACCCCACCCCUAGUGAGAAGUUUUACUAAUCCCCCUCCCCCUCCUGUUUUGACUGUGGUAUCUUAUGUGCCCCCCCAUAUAUAUUGUUCCAAGAGUCGCCACGAUGUCUUAUGUGUGUCAAUGUGUAUCUGUGUGUGACUGUGUUUGUGUGUAUAUGUAUCUGCAUGUGUGUAUGCCCGUGUAUGUGUAUAUGUGCAGACAUCUCAAAAUCUUGCCAACACUACACACAAAUACACUCAUGCAUUUCAACGUCAACACUACAUACAAACCCCACCAUUAUAUAUAACCAUACCACUACAUUCAAAUACCACACAACACACAAAUGCAUGCUUACAUUCAAACGCCAACACUACAUACAAACACACCGCUACAUUCACUCACAUAUACUCCAUACAAAAACAUGCAUGCAUUCAAACACACAAACACUGCCCAGUGCUAAAUACAUAACACUUUUUGGUUGUUUUUAAUAUUUAAAGUUGAGAGGAGGGGGGAUGCCAAAAAUAGGACCCGCCCCGGGUGCCAAAUGCUCUAGGUACGCCCCUAGUGUGACUCCAAAUCCAGACCUCCAUGGGUUGAAAAAUUGGAUUUCCAUUUUUUAAAUUUUUGUGUGAUUUUGUUGUCAGCACAUUCAACUAUGUAAGGAACAAAGUAUUUCAGAAGAAUAUUUAAUUCAUUCAGGUCUAGGAUGUGUUAUUUUUGUGUUCCCUUUAUUUUUUUGAGCAGUGUAUAUUUAAUAAAUGUUUCAUAAAUAAAAGAAAGGAGAACAUUUAUCUUAAAAUUAGAAUAUCUGUGGAUCGUUAAAGGAACACUAUAGGGUUAGGAACACAAACAUUUAUUCCUGACCCUAUAGUGUUAAAACCACCAUCCUGUCCCCCUCAUGCCUCCCUAAAAAUUGUAAAAUCUUACUUGUAUUCAAGCCUGAAGCUGCUGGCUCUGCCCUGUCUGCCUCAGAAAAACAAGCUGUCUGCUGAGAUCAUCAGAAGUGGUACCCUGAUCCAAUCACAGUGCUUCUCCAUAGGAUUGGCUGAGACUGACAAGGAGGCAGAUCAGGGGUGGAGCCAGCACAAUUCAAACACAGCCCUGGCCAAUCAGCAUCUCCUCAUAGAGAUGCACUGAAUCAAUGAAUCUCUAAGAGGAAAAUUCAGUGUCUACUCACCAGAACAAAUUCAAUAAGCUGUAUAUAUAUAUAUAUAUAUAUAAAUUUUUUUUUCGUUCUUUAAUUAACACGGAUACCAUCCGAGAGUAUACAUUGCAAUUUAAAAAAAAUAGUAUUUGGUAUCAUAUUCGGUUUUUCAAUAAAAAAAGAAAUACAUUGUUAUGUGCAUGAAAUUCUACAAUGUAUAUUCUGAGUACAUAUUAUCAGUUCUAAAGUGUUUAUUGAGGAUAGCACUCUUUUGUUGGGAAUAAUAGUGUGUAAUGGUACCCCCUUGUCCAUGUAUUGUAUUGUAUUGAGUAUUGCCCUUUUUUUUACCUUUGUGCAUGAACAUUUUUCAGUCUCUACUCCAUCCCAUCUGAAUUUAGUAACAGUAAAAUGUUUAUGUCCAUAUAUAAUUACAAUAGCAUUAUGGGUAAAUUAUCUAAACAGUUGACUACUGAACCUUUACAGAAAAUAAAAUUGUCUGAUGUCUGGUGUAGCUUUCUCAAGAUUUAAUGGUAUGUACCAUGUUUAAUGAACAGGUGGCAGACUGCGUUUGUUUGAUGGCACUGGAUAAACCAGAAGCCGUGCCGGUGGACACUCAUGUUUGGCAAAUUGCAAAGAGGGACUACCUACCCCAGCUGGGCCAGGGUAACAAAAGCCUGACUGACAGAGUGUACAGGGAGAUUGGUAAGGAAUACAGCACAUUGCCUAUUGAACUGAGGCUGAUGGGAAAAUAUGUAACAAUGCAAUUCUUAGAAACUUUAUUUGUCUUGUAAUAUUAUGUGGUUAAGAUUACUCCUGUCACAUGUCUCCAUCAGUGGCGGAUCCAGAGCCUGAUCUCGGGAGGGGCACAUGUAGAUUAUUUAAAGAAAUAAUCCAGACACAAUAACCACUACAGCUUAGUGUAGUAGUUAUGGUGCCAGUAGUGCCAUGAUCCCAUCCCAGAGUAAGUAGUCAAACCGUUUAAGAACAGUUUGAAAACUUACCUGGGGUCUGCUGAGAUAUAGGGCAUAGGAGCAGUGGUAUGUGUUAGGGGUGAAGUGUGUAUUAAAGGUGCAGUGUGUGUGUGAGCGGUGAAGUGUGUGCGUGAGGGCGGCAGUGUAUGUUAGGGUUGCAGUGUGUGUGUUAGGGGGCAGUGUAUGUGAGGGGGCAGUGUGUGUGAGAGUUUCAGUGUAUGUGUGUUUGGGGCAGUGUGUGUAUGGGGGGGGCACUGUAUGUGUGUGUGGGGCAGUGUGUGUAUGGGGGGCACUGUGUGUGUGUAUGGGGCAGUGUGUGUGUGUGGGGCAAUGUGUGUGUGGGGGGAAAUGUGUCUAUGGGUGUGCAGUGUGUGUAUGGGGGGUAGGGAGGCUUUUAAAUAUAUUUGUUUUAAUUUUUAUUUAAUAUAAUUGUCCCCCCUCCCUUCUUACCUUUAUUGAGGAGGAGGGGGGACAUUUCUCCAUCCCUGGUGGUCCAGUGGGGAUUCCCUGGUGGUCCCAGUGGUGGUGAGGUGAACUCUAGCCUUUUGCCGCGGCAACGCUCCAUGCUCGCAAGAGUAGGACCCGGAGGAGCUGCAGGUAAGAGCUCCCGGGUCCUCUCUUACUCCCUCUCCCUUCCCUGCCGGCUGUCAGCACAGUGCCUGCGGACCGGGGAGAGAGAUUUCUGAUCUCCCUCCCUGGUCCGCAGGCACAUUGCAGGGCUGGCACUUGGACAAUGCCAGCCCUGCAUUAGCCGGCAGGCGAGAGCCUCGGGGGGGGGGCAAUUGCCCUGUUGCCCCCCCUGGAUCCGCCAGUGGUCUCCAUCUUUUCCUAUACCAUUUGAUCAACUCCCUGUUAACAUUCCCAUGGCUAACAAGUUCCUUCUAUUUUAUUAUCUAUGGGAUGAUGCAAACACAAUAACAAUCUGUAUCCAUUGGUUAUGGUGCAAGGAUGUUCCAUCACUGACUCUAGAAAUUUGUAAAAAUUGCUGUAGCAAUAGGUUAAUUUAUGAGAUCCCACACGUACUUACACCGUGUGUUCACUUGGAGAGAACCCUUUGUAAGUCUUUACCUCUCCUGACAGAUUAAUUCAAAGCUUUGUGUGAAAGAGCCAGAGACGCAACCACGUACAUGCUUAGUUGCUUCAAUAUUUAUAUUGAUGAAAUGCUGAAUAGAGUCAUUAGUAAGUUGACAGCAAGCAUACAGUGACUACUGUAAUUGGGUUACAGAUCCUUUCACUUCUUAUGAAUGGAACUGCUUCUAGCUGAAUUCCAUAACCCACAAACACUCACUGAGCAUGGGGUUUAUUGGGUAUACUCAGAACAGCACAAAGAGAAGGCUAGGUUGGCUAACAGUUUUGACUGAUUAACUAGUCUCUAGAGUAGGGGUAGGCAACCUACGGCACUAGGCCUGGUCCCCACUGGAACCCAGAGAAGCCAACCAUACUGCUAGAUAUACACAGAUAUUGUGGAUCAAGCCAAGUGUUUAUCUGAGUAUCUGCUCCUUUCCAAAUUGUUAAAAUAAAUGCGUGCAAGCUCUGAAGUAAAUCACACUGAGACACAGGUAUCAGGUUAAUGAAAAACUUUGGAAUGUUUACUCGGGGGCGGCAAGCCCCUUAUAAAGGCAAAAAUACAUCAUAUGCAAAAAUGUAGACAACAGAGAGAAUACAUCUUUAAUCGGUUAGGUGUUAAGUGUCUUAUCUAAUGCACAUCCUACAAGGCGUGAUGUCACCAUCAUCCCGGGAUUUUACUCCGGAUGUAGGCGCCAUCUUGUUACACGAGGUAGUUAGUCGGUGGGAGGGGGUGCUCUAGCAGCCAUUUUGAGUAGAUAUUGAAUACAGGUAUACACAGUAAAUAGACAUUUUACUAUCACUAAUUUACAUUCAUAACACAGAAAUGAAGAAUAACCCUCCUCUUAUACAAAUAAUAUGAACAGCCCACACACAAAUAUACACACAAUCUGCACAAACGUAACCCGCUAACAAUCCACAUACAUGCACACAACCCCACAUGCAGCCUCUUACAUGCAAUACCCCAAACAGCCCACACACACUACCAAACACACGAUGCGACAUAUCCAUUCACACACAAUUCCAUAAGCAGCCGUCAUACACAGCCCACAUUCAUAUGUAUCAUACACAAUACUAUACACUACUAAUGAACUUAUACAAUAUAAUAGCUUAUAUACGCACAAAUACAACGAUGCAAAGCAACUGCAGUAAAAAUAACACAAGCAGAAUGCGGCAGCAUACACACCUUAAUUUAAAAAAAUAGGACCGGCACGCUACGGGACAUCACAAUUCUAUAUCGACACAGUGCUGCUAAAAGGUUGCUGUAACGGAGCUCCCUGUACUCCGACCGAGUACCCUCCGUUGACGGAUGCUCCUAGCGCUUCCUGAGGACUCCAAGCGCUGCAGCAGACACCACAACCACCGCAGACUCCGCAACCGAAGUCUCGCCGUCUUCCUUCCACCCUGGAUCAGCUUCUGUCCUCCAGGACUGUGUGGGAAAGAACUCUUCCUUCCACCCUGUAUGAACCUCCAGCAUCCAGGACUGUGUGGUGAAGACCCCUCCUCCAAGGAGAGCGUGUCAGGAACAAGCUCUUAAAAGAGCUAAGUGACUCAAGCUCAGGGGAGCAUGCAGAGCAUAGCAAUCCCCAGUGUGAUUAUAACAGCUCCCUCCAAUAACGAGACAAGGCUACAUUUAGAGGGAUCAAGAAGAACUGUCAAAACCUUUAUUCCCUUGGGACCAGCCAAUACAGUCACCACAAUAACAUUGUUGUGAAACCUCAAUAAAAUCACAAACAGUCAAACCAUAUCAAGAAACACACAGUGACUUAUCACAACACAAUGGCACAUUUUUAAAGGGGUGGGAGGAGACAAUAUUUAACAGUAAAUAUCUCACCUGCCUGCAGAAUUAACAAUAUGCAAAUCUACCCGAAUAUGCAAAUGAACCAGUCUUGCAAUUCAGGUAGUGCAUAUUGCUGUUGCUACCAACAGAGGGCACUAGACCAGCUCCAUAGCCAAACCCACCUAGUUGGUAGCAAACCUCAGCAAUACAAGAGAGCAGGCAAUACAUUACAAAGUACACACACACACACUAUAAACAAUUACAUUACACACACCCUGCACCUAUAAUGUGUACAGGGUGACUAAAACAUAAGAUAAAUAAAGCAGCCUACAUAAAUAGUCUGUCUGAAGGUAGAAUAGGGGCUUUAAAGCCAAAUACAUCAAAGAGUCAUAGUCACAGGGGAGGAGGCUGGCAAGCAGGCCUCUCCAGUACCAAGUGGUGAAGGGCACUUCAUCACAGUUGCUUACCCCUGCUCUAGAGCUUAUUGGAGAAACUUGGACACCCUUGAACUUUGCGGCCAAAACAGGAUCCUAAAAACGGAUAUAAAAUUGAUUUUCUCAUCCCUCCUGCGUGGUAUAAUUAUUCCUCAAUCUCAGGUCCUCUUCCAGAGGCCUGGGAGUUUGAGCGUUCUGCGCAGUAUCUUAGCUGCACUCUUACUGGUUCUGCGCAGUAUCGCUGCAUUUUUCUGGACAGCAAUCUCAGAUGUUGUGAUAAUAUUCCAUAUUAAUUAAGAAUGAUUGAUUGAUCACUAUUAAGCAAAUCAAACUAUUAUAGAUAGUCAAGAUGGAGCCGGUACACAGUACUGAAAAUGUUACUAACCACAAAACAGUCAUGCAUAGCUUCACAAGAUAGUUAUGAGAACAGAGCUAGCUCUUUAGAUAGUUAUGAGAAUAGAAAUAAUUAACCACACAGAUCUGGCAUGGCGUUGUUGUGGGACUGGGAGUCUGGCCAACUGCAGGUCCCCUUCCAACGCUUUUUGCAAGGUCUUUGCUGGGCUGCACUGAUGAGAUUUGGUGAAAAAAGUACAGACUAUUGAUUAUUAAUAACUUAUAAAAAGAUGAGAGAAUUUGGCACUCAUUGGUGUACUACCCACCUGUAAUACAGACACGUAUGGCUGGUUAAGCUGAUUUCCCAGUAAGAGAGGAAGUCCUUCAAGAUCUAUUGCCAGAAGUUCUCUCAGUCGAGUGUAGCAGGGCUCUCUCUUAUGGUGAUGUAUUAAGCUGUUUUUAUUUUAAGCUGUUUUUGUCUUUGAGCUGUUCCUUUCAAGCUGAAUGAUUAUUAAUUAAGUCUUUGUUAGUCAAUAAAGUUUGUAUUGAUUAUUUACAAGUACUUAAUGUCAGUGUUUUUUCCCUUUCUCAAAUACUCAUUUCACUCAUCAGGAAUAGGGUUUUGGUGCCCACCAAUAUCUUUAAAAACCUUAGGGUAAUUGAUUAUUGCUUUUUGAUAUUGGCACUUCAUGAAUUUAAUGAUUAGGCACAACAGAUGUCCCACCUGGAAUCUGUUGAAGCCACUCCCCCAACUUGGGGGUCACAGCCCCGAGUGCUCCAAUCACAACUGGGACUACUACUGCCUUCACUUUCCACAUCCUAUCUAGUUCUUUUUUCAGUCCUUGGUAUUUGUCCACCUUCUUCCUGAUGUUAUAGUCACUGGGUAUUGAUAGACAGAGUGAUAAACCGCACCCUAUAAAGUGAAUAUACAGUGCUGAUAGUGCAAAUGACAGAGAUAUAUAUACUUAUGUAUCUGACAUCUGUGACUUCAAAGUAUCUUGAAAAAAACAGAAAAGAUAUACACAAAUAGUGCAAUAUGUAGCAGCAAUAUUUAAUGUUUGGUAAAGUGUGUAAAGUGCGCACUCACAAUUAAUUGAGCUACUGAGAGCUCUGCUGAUAAUCGCCUGGAUGGUACAAUCCCCGUCUGUGGAUAUAUGUGGAUCUAAAAAAAAAUGGUGUAGUAUGCACAGGCAUAAAUAAAAAAGUGGUAUCCUACUUACAAUAUCCAGAGCAUGACUUGCUCUGGUAUGGAGAGCGUUGGUGGUAUUAUCCCCAUCCAAGAUAUGCAGGAUACACCAGGAACGUUAAUGACAAGAAAAAACUGAUAUAUAUAUAUAAUAGAAAGAGAAUAUCUAUUUAGAACUAUAUUUGUUAUAACCGUAGCAGUAACAAUACUUAGUAACAGUACUUAAGUACUGGUGUAUCCUGCAUAUCCUGGGUGGGAAUAACACCACCAAUGCUCUCCAUACCAGAGCAAGUCAUGCUCUGGAUAUUGUAAGUAGGAUACUACUUUUUUAUUCUUUUUAUUUAUGCUUGUGCAUACUACACCAUAAAGUUUUUUUAUUGUGUCUCCUCAUAUGUACUGGAGGAUAAGAACUGUAGAUCCACAGACGGGAAUUGUACUGUCCAGGCGAUUAUCAGCAGAGCUCUCAGUAGCUCAAUUAAUUGUGUGUGCGCACUUUAUACACUUUACCAAACAUUAAAUAUUGCUGCUACAUAUUGCACUAUUUGUGUAUAUCUUUUCUGGUUUUUUUUCAAGAUACUUUGAAGUCACAGAUGUCAUCAGAUACAUAAGUAUAUAUACCUCUGUCAUUUGCACUAUCAGCACUGUAUAUUCACUUUAUAGGGCGCGGUUUAUCACUCUGUCUAUCUAAAAUUUUUUCUCUUGGUGAGAUUUUUGGGAAGUCUCACAGAUUCUCUGCUGCCCAUUCCUUUUUUGCACUGUGUAGUGAGCACUUAUUUUCUGUUGUAUCCAAAUCUUAGUCACUGGGUAUUGCCACAUCAACCUGCAGUCUUCUGUUCCUUGUCUACUAUCAUGAUGUCGGGUUGGUUGGCCAGCACUUCCUUGCCUGUCUGGAUCUUAGCCCUGUCAUUCUCAAUUACCCUUUGUGGUAUCUCCCAUCUGGACUGGCAUAUAUUUAUUUAUUUUAAAACUUUGUCUAUAUAAUGCAAUAUUAAAGGAGCACUAUAGGGUCAGGAACACAAACAUGUAUUCCUGACCCUAUAGGGUUAAAACCACCAUCUAGCCCCACAGUUCCCCUCAUCCCUCUCUAAAUAUAGUAAAAUCUUACUUGUAUUCAAGUCUGGAGCUGCUUGCUUUGACCUGCCCACUGCCUGCUGACAUAAUCAGAAGUGGUAGCCUGAUGCAAUCACAAUGCUUCCCCAUAGGAUUGGCUGAGACUGACAAAGAGGCAGAUCAGGGGCAGAGCCAGCACAAUUCAAACACAGCCCUGGCUAAUCAGCAUCUCCUCAUAGAGAUGAAUUGAAUCAAUGCAUCUCUAUGAGGAAAGUUCAGUGUCUGCAUGCAGAGGGAGGAGACACUGAAUGUUUGGAUGCAUUUUAGGCAGCCAUGACCCAGGAAGGAUCUCUUAACAGCCAUCUAAGGAGUGGCCAAUGAAGUUCUCACUAGGCUGUUAUGUAAACACUGCAUUUUCUCUGAAAAGACAGUGCUUACAGCAAAAAGCCUGAAGGUAAUGAUUCUACUCUCCAGAACAAAUUCAAUAAGCUGUAGUUAUUCUCGUGACUAUAGUGUCCUUUUAAGGAAUGGAGUAAAGCUCAGUAGAUGUGCAGGAUUCUGUGGUAAGUGUAUGAACACUAGGGUCCAAGUGAAUCUAACAGGAACUUGGUCCUUGUAUCAUUCUGGAAUCUGCCAGCAGUUCAGUUUGUGAUCGGUACUAUCAAGUAUAUUUGAGAAACAUAUAACCAACUGAUUGCUCACGAUGGCUAGAGGAGGGAUGGAGAGAGACACUGAAAGACAAAUGAAAACAUGCAUGCAUUUAAUUAUUAUUAUUUUUUUUCAUUGGGGUUUUAUCUAAAACCAGCUUGGAGAAACCUGCAGAUCUCUUGUCUGCUGUCUGUGCAAGCCCUCCCCUUCUCACGCCACACAAACUUUCUGUGGCUGUCCAAUCACAGACUUCCCAAAAGCAGCUCAAUGAGAGGCAAUUGCUGCCUCUUGAGUUUAUCUCUACUGAGCUAACGAAACCAGGAAGUAACAGGACAGAUUGUCUGCUUGAAAACCAAAGGGGUGUAACCAGGUUAAUAUAUAAAAGUAUCUUCACUAUUUGCAAAAUAAAAAUAGGGCACCUUGUUCAAGCAUAAAGCUUUUCAACAAGCUAAACUACUUUAUUGGGUCUAGAGUGUCCCUUUAAAAUAAGUUCUUCCACCAUUCUGAUGAAGGGGCUUGUAUUCAGCAUUCCCAGUGGCCACAGCUGCUUUAUGGGUGUUUAUAUGCUUGUCAGAGGCUAUCUCUCUUCGGAAAGCAGUUAAGCUGUUAAAAAGUACACAAUUAGAGUGGAUUUUGGCACACCAGUGACAUAAUUCAUACCACUAGCAUGCCAACAAGCAGACCACGCCCUCUCCUUGCCAAGCUUCGUAGUUCAGAAAUAAAAACAAAAUUAGGUGCCCUGGAAUGCAAAAUAAUGCAGGAUUAUCUAAUUUUUUUUUUAAACAAAAGUCUCAUUGAUUAUUAAACUUGGGAUAGCAGGGAGAAAGCCAUCACCACUUGAUACAUUUUGUGCCCUCAGGGCAUAGUCACACUUGCCAAAGUUAGCAACUAUGUAUUUGAUAUUUUAAACCUGUUGAAGGUUUUCUGUUCUAUGAAUAUUUAAAUCUCCCCUCUAAAUUAUGUUUUUAAAAGGGAUACUAUAGUCACCAGAACUACAGUCAUUGCUUCAAGCUUUUUGCAGUAAACACCCUUUCUAGAGAAAAUGCAGUGUUUACAUUACAGCCUAUGGUCACCUCCACUGGCCACUCCUCAGAUCACUACUUGAAGUGCUUCCUGGGACAGUGCUGCACAGUGUGACUGCCAUUCAGUGUCUCCACCCUCUGCAUGGAGACAUUGAACUUUCCUCGUAGAUUUGCAUUGAUUCAAUUCAUCUCAAUGAGGAGAUGCUGAUUGGCCAGGACUGUGUUUGACUUGUGCUGGCUCUGGCCCUGAUCUGCCUCCUUGACAGUCUCAACCAAUCCUAUGGGGAAGCAUUGUGAUUCAGAAGAAAAUCACUUCUUCUGCUGUCAGCCAAGCAGACAGAUCAGGGACAGAGCCAGCAGCAGCAGACUGGAGUAAACGUAAGAUUUUACUAUAUUUAGGGGGACCAGGGUGGCAAAACGGUGAUUUUUAGACUAUGGGGUCAUGAAUACAUGCUUGUGUACCUGACCCUAUAGUGUUCCUUUAAAUGCUUAUUAUAUGUUGUUUUUUUCAACCCCUCUUUAUUUUGCAUAUGUCUUGCAUGAUCUCUUGAUAUGUGUUGUAAUAGCAAAUAAAUACUACUGUAAAGUCAUGUCAUUUGGCUGAACUAAUGCUUUGCACCAGGUAUUUCAUUGCUGUUGUUUUAUACUUGUGUUUCUGCAGGAGACUAUUUUCGUAGAUUGUGGGGGUCCCACGCUGGAUGGGCGCAGUCAGUAAGUUGGCGACUUAUCUUUUAUAAAUGUAGAACCUACUUAGAGACAUUGCAUUUGCCCUUUACUUAUGAUCUGCUUCUGUGUCCAGCGUACAUUGAAUUUUAAAUACAUUUUACCUGAUCUUCCAUUAAUAUGCUUCCUGCUUCAAAUUAACUCUCACCUGUAAUCACAUGGCAUGAAGAUAGAACAGUGAUAGGUUCAGUCUGUAUUGAUAUUAGCAGAAUUCACUUUGUUUCAACAUUACCAUUAUCCACAGUAGCCGCUUGUUCAUUGUUAACAUUUGUGAGUUUGUUUCUUAUUUGCAUCCACAACACUUUACAAUAACAUGUUGACGUGAUAUUUAAUGCCAAUAAUUGCAAUUCCAGGUUUUAUUCUGUUCAGACCUCAAAAAGUUUCAAAAUUCAGCAGAUAAACCAGAUCCAAGCCGGAAACCAAGAAAAAGAACCCAAAUCAAAAAAGAGACUCUCGAAUAAUAGGCUAUUGUAAGGUUUCAUUUUGUACCUGUUUUAUGGAUAUUGUGAUAAACCUAUAUUGGAGACAUUUAUAUAUUGGUGUCCUUUGUUUUUUGUGUUGUACUCUCAGCAUGUUUCAACACCAGUUGAAAAGAAUAUAAGCCAGCAUCUAGGUAAGUGCAACUAAAUAAAAUAAAGAACCCUCUAUGUUGUAUAAUGCUUGUAUUUACUCCUGCUCACAGGGUUUACAAUUUAAAUGAACACUAUAACGUCAGAAACGUGUAUUCCUGACACUACAGUGUUAAAAACCCUGUUGGCCCCAUUAAAAAAAGGUUAGAACUCACCUUUAUUCUAGGGCUGCGUUGUUCUGCUGAGGCUGGCCGUAC